CGUGAUGCGGCAGCCUCUCUUCCCGUCUUCCUCUGCGGCCCCGGGCGCGGGUGCGCGCUGGCUAGCGCUUCCGGUCAGCAGGAGGCGGGGCGAGGCGGAAGCGGCGCUUUCCCCACGUGGACUCUAUUAAUUGUUGAGAAAGAGUCAGGGCGAGUUUAGUGCACUGUGGCAGCCUUGAGAUAAAGUCUGGUUCUUCACCAGCUCGCACAGGAAAUGUUCGCGGAUAUAAUGGCAGCCGUCUCUAGGCACACCUGUCUGUGGAGCGGAGAGUGAACAGGUAACCACCAUGUGAAUGGGAAUGGCAAGACAGCAAAGGCUCGCUCAGUGAGCGACGCAACACCAGCGUGGGUUGCGGUCUCCCCAUCAAGUUGCAUGUCACUAGAUUUCUGUGGCUGUCACUGCUGGGCCCAGGUGCCUCUGAAGAUCAGCACCUCCUCAUGGGCUCAAGCAAGGACAGGAGCCAUUCACCCAUGAGCUCGAAAGAACAGAGCCCCUGUCCUGCCUCGAUGGCUCCACCGUGUCUCCAGAGGACUUUGGACAAUGGGGAGCUGGCCCAGUAAGGCCACCCGUGUGUGGUCACUUGGCUUUUUUUUCACCCAGCCCCCAGGUACUGUUGCUGCUCCUGUCUGAGGCCCCAUCCACAGCCACAGCUGUGGCGGGGUGGCUGGUGGUGGCCAGUGUGGCCCUGCUGCAGCUCCAUGCUGGGGAGGGGUGUGGCCCAAAAAGCAACUACCCCUUCCUGUGGGCCAGUGGGGAGGAUCCUAGGAAGCAGCCCUGGCAAGGCUCUGCCUCUGGUGUGGAAGAGGCGUACCCGCCAAGGACCAGAGGAGCUGGCCACCGUUCAGAAGGCCCCAGCUCGAAGGCCAGUAGACCCGCCCGGAAGCUCCACGCAGGCAAGCUUGCAGAGAUCUAGAGGCUUGAUCAGAUUCAAGAUUGUUUUGGCAAGAACUCUUCUAAGUGCUGCUGUGUGGGGUCUUGAUUAGAAGGGACAGAGCUGUCUUUUGUGAUGUUAGCAGCCACUGACAUCAAGGCUGAGAUCGGGGACUGCAAAAUGUUCUUCAGCUUGGAAUCUGAUGGAACACCGCCACCCUCAUUGCCUCUUUUUCCAUGUUGACCUUCACGGCAAUUGCUUGUUGAGUAACUGCCACAACCCAGCUUUGCAGAGAGAGGAUAUCUUAGGAAGGAAUAAAGCAAGCCACAUCAGAGCGUGUGACCUGGCUCAGAUGUCAAUAUAACUGUUAUGUGUUCUUUUCUCUUCCUGUGUCUGUGACAGAUUAAUUUAACGCAAGAAUGCUGCAGAUCCUCAGGGUUGGUGUAAAAAUAGCUCAUCCUGAUGUGAGAAAGCAGUCAGCUUUUCUUGUUGCCAUUGGCUGCCAGCACCCAUUCUUUGUGGAUGUGAAAAUGCCACAGGUGCUGCACUUACUCCUCGGGCAUUCGGCAGCACCCAUGCCUGUCUCCAGAGUGGGGCCCAGGGUGGAAGGCGUGUACCCCACUCUGUCCCCUGAUGUGGAGCUUGGCCCUGCAGCUCAACAGCACCCAUGGAAUGUGGACAGAAGUGACAGCAGCCAGCUCUGCCUCUUCACUGAGGCGGCACAUGUUCUGCAUGUGCCCUGGGAGCCUCCACCUUCCACACUGUGGGAAGAGGGUGCCCAGGGAGCUGCAGUCCCUCCACCCUAGCCCAGGACAAGGCUCGGGAGCAGAGCCAUCCCCCCCGACCUGCACCUCACAGCCCUGCAGGUGUGAGGGAAGUGCGUGUUGUACACACUGAGUUUUCAGGUGGCUGUGACAUGGCAGCAUUGCCUGACACGGACAGAAAAGAGAUCCACCAGGGAGAAGUGAGAGUCUGGAGACCCCGCAUCGGAGAGGCCACAGGCUGCAGGGGCAGGAUGGCUUCUUAGAAGCAGAGGACUUGCAGAUGUGAGUAAAGGCUGGUGAGAUAAGACCAUCAUCCCCGCUAUCUGGGAGGCCCCUAAAUGCAGGCACACACAUCUUCUGAAGAGGAGGCAGAGGUGGGUGACACAGCCACAACCAAGGAAGACCAAGGAUUGCUGGUAGCCCACAGAAACUGGAGGGCAAGGAGGGUCCCUCCAGAACGUGCAGGAAGUAGACCAAGGUCCUGCUGUCAUCCUGACUUCAGACGUCCAGUCUCCAGAACUGAGAGAAGAUCCAUUUCUAUUAUUCAGGGAAAGGAGGAAAUUGACAUCAAAGGAUAUUCUAGAUUCUUGACAGCAUUCUCAUCAUCUCUGAGGACAUCACCAGCAUCUCAGGAUGAAGGCCAUGAGGCUGCCGGGGGCACUGCUGGCACUGGCCACCCUGCUGCAGGGGGCUGUGUCCCUGAAGAUCGCAGCCUUCAACAUCCAGACAUUUGGGGAGACCAAGAUGUCCAAUGCCACCCUUGUCAGCUACAUUGUGCAGAUCCUGAGCCGCUAUGACAUUGCCCUGGUCCAGGAGGUCAGAGACAGUCACCUGACGGCCGUGGGGAAGCUGCUGGACAACCUCAAUCAGGAUGCACCAGACACCUAUCACUACGUGGUCAGUGAGCCACUGGGACGGAACAACUAUAAGGAGCGCUACCUGUUUGUGUACAGGCCCGAGCUGGUGUCUGCAGUGGACAGCUACUACUACGAUGACGGCUGCGAGCCCUGCGGGAACGACACCUUCAGCCGAGAGCCAGCCAUCGUCAAGUUCUCAGCCCCGUUCACAGAGGUCAGGGAGUUUGCCAUUGUUCCCCUGCAUGCUGCCCCAACGGACGCGGUAGCUGAGAUUGAUGCUCUCUAUGACGUCUACCUGGAUGUCCAAGAGAAGUGGGGCUUGGAGGAUAUCAUGUUGAUGGGCGACUUCAAUGCGGGCUGCAGCUAUGUGAGACCCUGCCAGUGGUCAUCCAUUCGCCUUCGGACAAGCCCCAUCUUCCAGUGGCUGAUCCCCGACACCGCUGACACCACGGCUACAUCCACGCACUGCGCCUACGACAGGAUCGUUGUUGCAGGGACGCUGCUCCAAGAUGCCGUUGUUCCCGACUCGGCUCUUCCCUUUAACUUCCAGGCUGCCUAUGGCCUGAGUGACCAACUGGCCCAAGCCAUCAGUGACCACUACCCAGUGGAGGUGAUGCUGCAGUGAGCAGUUGAACUGGAGGAAGAGGACCCAGCACGCCGCAGGACCCACACAAAAAGCCCAACGCUCAGGUUAACAAAUACCUUUUAAUUUAGGUAAAUAAA